AUGUUCUCAGGGAGGAAAACCAAAGAGUUUUACAUUGAUCUUCAAGAUAGUCGAUAUUACAAUCCUGGUGAAGUUGUCCGAGGCGAUGUGGUACUUGAUGUGACCAAACCAACCAAGAUUAAUCAUAUCAAGAUUGCAUUGAGUGGCACUGUUCAAGUGGGAUCCAAUGUUUUGACAUUGUUUACUCGUGAAGAUGAAAUUGCCAGUGACCCCAACGGAUCGCAUUUAUUGGAAGCCAAGAGCAACCGAUUUCCUUUUGAGCUUAAUAUUCCAGGGGCAAGUGCUGAGCUUCCAACAAGCAUGAAACUGGGAGAUGGUUCAAGUCAUAUCUCUUAUACACUUUUGGCAACAUUGAAACGACCCUUUGUACCAGCACCCUUGGCUCCAGAAGAUACACGUGAAAUCUCUGUCGUCGAAAGAAUUGAUGUAUCCAAUCCCGAAUACGAUCAUCCUGUUCCCGACAAUGAAGACGAGGAGGAUGACAAGGUCAUGGUAGAUGGGACAAGCUUGAGUGUCAGGAUACCCAAGGCUGCCUUUGUGCGAGGUGACAUCAUGCCUGUAUCCAUUAAAGUGACAUGUGCUGAGGAUUUUGGGAAGGCUGAUGCCAUUCGUGUUGCUCUUGUUCGACGUUUCCAUCUCUUUGGCAAGGGAAGACGAGAAUUGCUAGGAGAAGAGAAUGCUCGUGAACCAAUCUACCGGGAUCUCAUUGCAAAUCCCGAUAAUAAUCACGCUUACGAAUCGACCAUCAAGAUGUUUAUUCCACCAGCAUCCCCACCUACUACAGGAUCAAGUGGACGCAUCUUGCGUGUGGAAUACGCAGUGCAGGUGUCAGUGGAUAUGAAUUUGGCAAGGAAAAACGAUGGUGAUUGGAGGUCGUCAUUGGUAGUGCAAAAAGAAAUCCCUGUCAUCAUUGGGACAACCCCAAGAGCAGAUAUCUCCAUUGAUGACGAAGAUGAUGAACAAGAGGAAGUUUGCGAGGUCCAAAAUGAAACAACAAAAAAGGUUGUCAAUGGUGAUGCAGCACCACCCAUUUCCGAUAACAGCAAUAUCGAUGAUACAAACGAUGAUGAUGAUGCUCCCACAACCACACACAAUGAACCAAAACCCGAUUUAGAUCACGAAGAAGAAGAAAUACCAAAGCCCCAACAUGGCAUUAACCAUGAUCAACGGCAUCAUUCUAGUGCCAGCAUGCCAUCAUUUGAAAGCGAAUCAAAUCAACAACGAUAUGGCACAAUGCAUUCGGCAAAAGACGAUCCUCAUCACAUGACCCCACCACCCUUUGAGCAGCAACAGCAGCAACCUGUAUGCCAAUCACCUGCAUCCUUUUCUCAUCAUUCAUCUUCUUCUUCACCUUACAUCCCUGCUGCCACUACUUAUCCAUCGUUUGAUCAUUCGCCUCCUCCUCCUCCUCCACAACAUGUACCUACCACCACUGCAAAUCAUUAUUUUCCUCCUGAACCACACAUGUCAUCCUAUCCCGAACAACAACAACAACAACAUCCUCCACCAAGCUCUGUAGCCCAUUUUCCUUCUCCAGCUUCAACACCUUUCAUGCCCAUGCCUCAACCUAUUCCAAUCCAUCAUCAGCAUCAUCAACCACCACCAAUGAAUAUGAUGCCAGUGCCUGAAUCUUACACUUCUCAUUCACCCUCCUAUCCUCCCGCAUUUCCAUCACCCACUCCUCCUCCACCCCCAGCACCACAUGGAUAUCCUCACUUGUCACACAAGUCAUCGCAUGAAUCAUGGACAAUGCCUACUCCUUAUCAAUAA